UCGGCUAUAAAAACCGGUGGGCAGAACGGGCCAUCCAUCAUUCGCUCUUCAGACACCGUCCAGUUAAGAUGUCUUCUCGACUGCUCCUGGCCUGCUUGCUCAUUGGUUCAGCGGUAGCUGGUGAAGAGAAAGAAGCAACACGAGAUAAGAGAGGCUACGCUAUCGGACACGGAGGAGGAGGAGGAGGCUACGGCGGAGGCAACGGUGGAGGCUACGGGGGCGGUGGGAGCUACGUGGUUGUAGGGGGAGGCUACAGCGGAGGACACGGCCCCAGCGCUUCUGACGUCGCCAACCAGGCUGCCGCUCAAGCCACGGCUGCUGCGGCAGGCUUAGGAGGCGCUGCUCACGCUGCCGGCGGGAGAGCUGCGGCUGCAGCCGCAGCAGCUGCCUCAGCUGCUGCACAGACAGCCCAGUUUGCAGCUGCCAGCAAGAAAGCUCAGGCUGCCCAGGUAACUCAGGCUGCACAGGGGGCACAAGCCGCUGCCUUCGCCGAAGGCUCUCUGGCCUCCAAAGCUAGCAUCGCCUACCAAGCUGCCAAGACAACAGCCUCCAUGGCCCAAACACUGGCUGCCAACGUGGCCCAGAUUCUGGCCGAGGGUCGUGCUCUGGCCAACCAGGCUGCCAACAGUCACGCUGAGCAGCAGAACUUCCUGAGUGCCCAGCAAACCAUGGCGUGGCAGGCGAAGCAGGCAGCCAACGCCCUCAACCAGCAGCAGUACAUAGUUCUCAACGACCUGGAAGACGCGGCAGGAGCUGCCGCUCAGGCCCAAGCAGCUGCCACAAAGGCCAUCUCCAAGGCCAAGGGAAGCUAUGGACAUGGGGGAUACGGCCAUUAAAUGGGGGCAUCUUAGCUAGGGUAUUACAUUACCAAUGACCCAAUACUGUCUCUUCUCUCAUAAUUUCUCUCCGAUAUGAUGUAUAGAUGAUUAUAUGCCAUAUAAUUAAGACUUUAUUAGUGUAA